UCAACAUGCUCACUACGCUCACGUCCGUAAUCAUCGACUUGUGUUAUGACAAGAAAUUAAGGACGUGCAUUAAGAAGCUCGCCACUGUGGACGACACGUUGGAAGAGUUGGGCAUUCCGAAAAUGUACCAAGAGAUGCGCAUGUGGUCGAAACGGGUGGUAGCCGGAUGGGUCGUGUACAUAUUCUUCACAAAUACUUACGAUUCCUUCUGGUGGCGGAGCGUAAUGCAGUCUAAUUGGGCGUAUCUCAUAUCUCAUGCGAUGAAUCAUUGUUUUCAUGUCAACCUAUUCGUGGAUUUGACCUUCAUCUUCUUCAUGUGGUAUAUAGGCACCAGAUUCGACAAACUUAACGAAAAUGUACGAGGUCUGCUGGUGAGCGAGGAGCACAGCUUGAGGUGUACGUGGAAGAAAUCAGUGGUUGCUGUUUACCGAUCUACCUUGUAUGCCGAUAAUUACAAGCGAAUGUUGUGGUCCUCAAUGUAAAUGGGCAUCUUCAGCUAGAAUUAUGUCGCAUCGCGCGUGAACUGAACCUGAUAUUCGGAGCGCAGAUGACUUUGGGGAUGUUGACCGAUCUCUUAGGCUUAACGUCAG